AUGGACAACCAUCAUUAUACGGUUCCUCCGAGCCAGCUACCCGCACCAUCUGCAGAGCACCGCCCAGCCUAUCACGAAUAUCCUCCAGAAGAACCUCCGCCGUCCUACGAUGACGCCACCCACUCUUCCCAUUCCCCUCUCCUCGUCGGACCUCCCCCGGACUAUGGCACCUACAGAGCUUAUCCUAGCCCGGAUGUCUCCUCCGUUGCAAGCAGCGACAUAGAAGGCACGUCGCGGAGUCUUCCCGAAUGGGUUGGCCAAGCUAUGGUGGUGCUUUGUUUCCUAGGCAUCAUCUACGGCUUCUGGAGAGUCGUCAACGAUCCCAACUUUGGAGGCUUAUCUAGCUGA